AUGGAAGAAGAAUAUGCGUAUGAAGAAGAAUACAUCGAAGAAACUGUCAUGCUAGAUCCGGCGUUUUUCGAAGAGCACAUGUUAAUUGUGGAGGAGCAUCUUCCGGAUAAACAUGAAAAUCUUGGAGUAUCGCCAAAGCAACGACUCUUAUUAUACCCGGAAAUGCGCAAACUUCCAGUUUUUCGAAAACUUCCAACAACCCAAGCUCCAUUGAUUCUUGGUACAAACACAAUUCUUGUGAACACUUUUCCGGAUUUGACCUUCGAUGCGGCAUGUCCGAAUUUUGACAAAGAAAUUGAAGUUUCAAGUGGCGUUGAAGAUGACAAAUCAAUUAUUCCAGUGCUCCGUGAGCAAAAAACUAAAUAUUCAACAAGUUUGGCGGAUGCGGUGAGUCUCUAGUUUGAUCAGUAUUUUAUUUAAAAAAAAUAUAGGUGAUUUGCGAGGAUUGUCGAAUCUGCUUCCGCUCUAGAACCGCUUAUCUCAAUCAUCAAAACAUGCAUGCUCAAGGAAUCCAAUCGAAGCCUCGCGUUCAAAUUCAAUGUUGCAUCGGCGAAUGUCAAAUCAUCUGCGAUAGUCAGCCGACGCUCAUCGAACAUCUUCGAAUUCAACACGAACAACAUCAAUUGGAGUGCAGCACGAUGAAUUUUGAGAAUCCGCAGCAAUUCAAGGAAUGGAAGGAUGAGUUGGAGGCGAGAACUUGCUCGAUUUUUUUUAGAAAAUGGGUGAAGAAUUUGGCGUCUUGUGUCUCGGCGUGAGUGGUUUUUUUUUGGAGAAAAAUUGUAGGAUUCAAGAUGAGCUAUGACGUGGCAAAACUUGAAAAUUCCAGAUUUUAGGAGCUGAAACUGUUCAGAAUUGUCAAAAAUAUAGAAAAUAUUUCCGAAAACCUGAAUAUUUUCACUGAAGAAAAAUAAUUUUACAAAUUUCAAAUAAAUUUUCAAUAAUUAUUAUUUUCUGUGAAAAGAUUGGAAAAUUCAUUUGAAAUUGAAAAAAAUUAUGAAUUUUUCAAUUUUUUUGAAAUUUAUAAUUAAUUUUCAGUGAAAACAUUCAGAUUUUUCUAUUCAGAAGGCUCAAGAAUAUAGAAAAAAUCUGAAAUCUGAAUCUUUUCAGUGAAAAUUAAUUAUAAAUUUCAAAAAAUUUAAAAAUUCAUAAACUUUUUCAAUUUCAAAUGAAUUUUCAGUGAAAAGAUUGAAAAAAAUUAUGAAUUUUUCAAUUUUUUUUAAAAUUUAUAAUCAAGUUUGUAAAAAAAGCCAGUUUCAGCUCCCAAAAGUCCCGAAAUUUGCCACGUCAUAACUCAUCGUGAAUUUUUGCAGAUACUAUUUCUGUCAUCGUUCUGGAAACAUUCCAGCCGCCGAAAAAAACUGGAAAACCCAUUCAAAGAUCUCGAUCGAGCAAGAAAAUUGGCACAAGUUGCAGCGCCUAUUUUCACAUGAAACAGACAAAAAAUGGGUAAGAUCUAGCCAGAUUUCUAUGUAGAAUCAGAAAAAAACAUUUUUUUCCAGAAAAAUCACAAUUCGCGGAUGUCUCGAACACGUUGGCCACGAGAUCGGGCAAAUCGAUAAAACCCCACUGUCAAAAGAGAUUCGCGAGGAGAUUGCUGUUUAUCUUCUCGAAGGUUUGGAUGAAAAUGAGAUUGUUGAAUUGAUGAAGGAUAAUAGUUUGGCUGGUGAUCGUCGACAUUAUAUUCAGACGUAUGAGGUGAGGAAUAUUUAUGCGAAAUUGGAGAGGAAUUAUACACCGAGUGAUGGGAAAAUGAGUUUGGCGGAUUUUCAAGUGAAGAGGGAGGAUGUUGAGGUAACAAUUCUUUACAACGGAACUGAUUAAUCUCUAGAUUUUUGAUAAAAUAUCGAUUUCCUAGUAGUUUUCGAUUUUGUGGAACUCAAAAUGAGUUAUGGCGUGGAAAAUUUCGAAAAAUCGGAGCUGAAAACUAGCUUCAAAGAUGAUUUUCAUGCAAAUCUGAUAACAAAAAUAUAGAAAAUAUUUUUGAGAUCUGAAUUUUUCACUGAAAAUUGAAAAAUUCAUGAUUUUUUUCAAUUUAAAAUGAAUUUUCCAAAAUUAUCAUUUUCAAUAUUUUCACUGAACAUUAAUUAUAAAUUUUUUCAAAAAUUGAAAAAUUCAUAAUUUUUUUCAAUUUUUCAUUCAUUUGAAAUUUGUAAAAUUAUUUUUCUUCAGUGAAAAUUUCAGGUUUUCGGAAACCUUUUCUAUAUUUUUUACGAUUCUGAACAGUUUCAGCUCCUAAAAUCUGGACGUUUCAAGCUUUGCCACGUCAUAACUCAUCUUGAAUCCUGCAAUUUUUCGUCGAGAAAAACACUUAUGACGUGGCAAAUUUCGAAAAAUCGGAGCUGAAAACCAGCUUCAAAAAUGAUUCUGAUAGCAAAGGGUUGUUCAGAAUUGUCUAAAAUAUAGAAAAGGUUUCUGAAAACCUGAAUAUUUUCACUGAAGAAAAAUUUUUUUACUUUUUUUUUUAAUUUUAAAAUUUGAAGAUUCAUUCAGUGAAAAGAUUCAGGUUUUUUUUGGAUUUCAGAAAACAUUUCCAUAUUUUUGACCCUGCUAUCAGAUUUGCAUGAAAAUCAUUUUGAAGCUAAUUUUCAGCUCCGAUUUUUCGAAAUUUGCCACGUCAUAGCUCAUCUUGAGUUCUGCAAUUUUUGGCAUAGUGAUCAGAGCUUCGAAAAAAAAUCUUGAUGAAAUUUUGUCCAUAGACAGCUCUUGGGGUCAUAAGAACAUCCUAAAAUUUUCAGGACCUCUGAGCCAAGUUCGAGGCUCGAAAAAGAUAAAAAAUUGCCAAAAUUGGCUCAUAAAACACGUCAUAACUCAUUUUUUACCUAAAAAGCAGCAAUAAAUCAAAUUUUCAGAAAAAAUUUUUAUUUCGGAAUAAAAUUAUGAGGAAUUUUCAGCCGAAAAAUAAAAAAUUUCAAAAUUGUUUGAAAAAUUGUUUUUUAUUGAUGUAUUUUUAGUAAAUCGACUAUGCUGAUCAAUAUCUGAGAAUUUUUGAAAAAAAAAUUUGAAAAUUUCAAAAAAAUAUUUGGGAGAAACAAAGUUUCAGAUAUUGAUCAGCAUAGUCGAUUUAUUGUCAAAAUUGAAAAAUGUGGCCGCCGUAAAAAAUGAAAACCAGUGCAGAACUGAAUAAAUGAAAACAACUGGACUUCGUCAGUCGCGUGCGGCUGUGCGGCGCGGUCGAAAAUGAAAGGAAAAAAAUGAAUCAUUGAUUGUUUUCCGACCGCGCCGCACAGCCGCACGCGACUGACGAAGUCCAGUUGUUUUCAUUCAUUCAGUUCUGCACUGGUUUUCAUUUUUUACGGCGGCCAAAUUUUUCAAUUUCGACAAUACUGAAUAUACAUCAAUAAAAAAUAUUUUUUCGAGAAAAAAAUUUUGAAAUUUUUUAUUUUUCGGCUAAAAAUUCAUUGUCUCUGCUCAUAAUUUUUUUCCAAAAUCAAAAAUUUUUCUGAAAAUUAGAUUUAUUGAUCACGCUUCAUAAAAAUCACCGAGAAUUGAGUUAUGAGCCAAUUUUGGCAAUUUUUGAACUUUUGAUUGCCCCGCCCGAACUUGGCUCAGAGGUCCUAAAAUUUUUUGGAUGUUUUUAUGACCCCAAAAGCUGUCUAUGAACAAAAUUUCAUCAAGGUUUGAAAUGUGAAGUGAAAAAUUGUCAGCCAAGAUUAUUUUUUUUAUUUUUCCAGUCUCCACCGCCAUACGCUGCAAUUGAAGAAGUCUCCACAACCAUCGAUUAA